CGCUUUUUUAAUUCUAUAGCGCACUUUCAUAAUCGGGAGAUGAUCGGGCGUUGGCAACACUGCUCAACAGUUCGGUUGAACACGCCGAUAAGAGCGUUUGUGUAUUCUGUUGAGGCGCACGAGCGAUAACCGCGCACGCGCUUUCGCGAUCUCAGUGAUCCAGAAUAGUUGGGAAAUAUAAAUUCAUGUUACGAAAUCGCAAAUCAACGAAAGUGACAGUUUGAGACAUUUCUGAUUUCGGGGUGUCUAAAGAUAGUAAUACAGUUGGAUUUAUUAUGACCGUGUAGAAAAGAAAAUUUCGAUGUCCUAACAACCUGACAACUCUUAGUGUAAAAAAGGUUACGGUGCAAGUUUGAGUGUAGAAAAGUGUUGUAAUGGGGUAGGGUGGCUGUACGAGGUAGGCCACGUGAAGAUGAGCGCGGUGUGUGCGCUGGACGCAGGCGGGCGGUUGUCGCUGCAGCAGAUCCUGCAGGCGUUCAAUUCCAACGUAAGCGAGGAACAUGCAUGGGCACUGUGCCAUCAGGCGGCGCGCUGCUUCCAGCGGUGUUUGUCUUCCGGCACCUCGCCACCGCCCGCCUGCUUUCUGCCAACUCGGCCCUCGCAUCUGCUGCUACAUGCCGAUGGCUCCGUGCACCCCGACACGCUGCUCGACCCCACAGAUGACAGUAGCAGGCCUAGAGUGAAAUCGGAAUAUGAGGUGGUGGUGAGCUUGGGGCUGGUGGUGUACCGCGCUUUGGACCACACGCACGGCGAUGACGAGGAGCGACUAAUCUCGCCCGACCUCGAGGCGCUCAUCUCCGACAUGACUCUCUCUAACGGAAACCUUACCGAGGAAGAGGAGUGCGGUCUGUCGGAAUCGCUGGAGAGCGGGCGUGGCGAUACCGACGACGAGGGCAUCGAGAGAGACGCCGAACCGCCGCAAGCUCGUCAGCGACGCCUCGCGCUGUUCCUGCUCGAGGACGUCGUCGAGCGUUGCGUGUGGCACGCGGGGGUGGGUCGCGGUAGAGGCGCGCGAGAGACUGCGGCGGCGCACUAUCGCGCCGUGUGCCGGGCGCUGGUCGCCGAGGCGCUGGAGCUGGCGUCGUUCUUGGCGCGAGUCAGGGUCACAACCGCCAGGGACCUCGGCGCCACAGAUGACUCCGCUUCGCAUCUCGACACACUGCUGUUCUCCGACUGGUCCAACCGCAGGAUCUGGAGGGCCCUUCAAGCGCGGUUCUGGAUGCAGGUGAUCGGCGAGCUACGCAUGGGCGUAAAGCUGAAGAAGGUGAGCCACUCGCGCACGCCCAUCGAGUACGAGUUGACGCCCUACGAGAUCCUCAUGGACGACAUCCGCUCGCGGCGCUACACGCUGCGGAAAGUGGACUCCAGCAUCCCGCACAAUGUCAAGAAAGACGCACACGCUAUGAUUCUCGAAUUUAUUAGAAGUAGACCUCCUCUCAAAAAGGCGUCGGAGCGCCAACUGCCCCCGGCCAAGCGGGAGACCACGCCUCGAGAGCAGCUGCUGCGCUCCAUCCGCCUGGGCCGACCGCUGCGACCCACGCCCCGAGUCAACAUAGAGCGGAGAAAAAGCGAGGCGAAGGUGCGGCGGCGGCGAGUGUCCCCCGCGGGGGGACGCAGCCCCGACGAGCCGCCGCUGGACGUGGCUCAGCACAAGGCCUACUGGGGCAGCGUCGCGCGCGCACGACCCCGCACCGAGGCAAGCGGCAGCGUGAGCGGAGGCGGAUCGGAGGAUAGGCGAGCUGGAAGUGACGUCACGCGACGAACGAGCGGUGACGUCACGCCGCACAAGCAGCCGCAGAGGAGACUCAUCAAAGUUGACUUCGAUAACCUCGAAGACGAUGAAGACGACGAGGAGACGGAGAAGUGCGCUUCCCCCCCGCGGCCUUUGCCCAGGCACUCGGCGCCGCCCAAGCCCUGGAAGAGAACCGCGUCCCGACCGAGAGUGCCGCCGCGGGCGCGUCUCUCUCACGACGAGUACCACCAGUUCUGCGACGAGACCCUCGAAUCGUACGACCUGGCGACGCAGUGCCCGUCGCGGCGCGCCUCCGUGCGGCGCCACUCGCUGGCGAACGCGGCGACGGGACCCACCGGGGCGCCGGGCGCUCGGUCGGUGCCCCACUCGAGGCCCGAGUCGCGGGGUUCCCUCGGCGGCCUGAGCGACGACGCCGAGUCGAGCUGGUCCCGAUCGUCCCUGAGGGACGACCUCGUCGAAUCGGUCAGUAUGCUCGUCGGCCGCUCGGCCUCGCUCGGGCCGAGGGCGGUCGUCGCUGACGGGCCUCCGCGUCGUGCGCAGAAGCGGUGGCGGGACGCGCUGCUGAGCGAGGAGCGGCUGUCGCUGACCCUCGAGGAGAUCGUGCACAUCCGGUCGGUGCUCACGAAGGCGGAGCUGGAGGUGCUGCCCGUCGAGGGCCGCGUCAAGGAGGACGUCGAGAAGAGGCGCGUGUGCUUCCUCUGCCUCAAGACCCGCUUCGGCAUCUUCGGUCCCUGGGGACAGAGGUGCAAGCUCUGCAAGAGGACCGUCUGCCACCGCUGUUGCACCAAGAUGCGCAUCCCGACGGAGCAUUUCGCGCACGUGCCCGUCGUGCUGCUGAGUCCUUCCUUGCUGCCUUCGCCCCCCGACGAGGAGCCCCCGCCGCCGCCUCGCUCGCUGCUGGCUCGGCUCGCCGCCCCGGGCGGCAGCGUGGAGAACAGCGUGGGCAGCGCGCCGAGCAGUCCGGCCGCCGCGAGGCGGACGGCGGGGUCGGAAGGCGGCGGGUCGGAGGGCGGCGGGUCGGCGCCGGGGUCGCGGGGCGGCUCGGCUCUCGGGUGGUGGGACGGCGGCGCCAUGACGCGCAGCGUCGAGGGGCCCGCCAGUCUUCCCGCCGCCGAGAGGCUGCGCGGCGUGCCGAUGGCCGUGUGCCUGGACUGCAAGGCGCUGGUGCUGCAGAUCAUCAAGUCGUCCCGCGCCUGUCGCUCGGCGGAGCGAGACCGCGCUCUGCGGCACCUCACGCUGGACCUGACGCCCCUCUACCCCGCCGCCGACCGCUAGCGACCGGUGACGAGCGAGACGCACAUUUCCCGAUAGAACUAUUUGACCUCCCGAAGCGCGUCCCGACGACGACCUGAUGCCGUGCCAUAUUAUUACCCCCGGACCCCCCUCGACGACCCGUGAUUCGGUCGCUCGUUAGCUUUUUAUUUCACCUCAUGAAGUUUAAACCGAAUCUGAAUUUACGUUUGAUCUUCCGUUUACGCUUUUACGCUUUUUAAUAUUCACUCAACUUGACACGAGCGAUCGUCCUCUUCGUUCCUGUGAACCCUUCUUCGUCUUCGAGAGAUCGACCUCGCCUCCGCCCUCGAUUCGUUCGAUCGUCUGUUCCGAGAGCGAAAUUUAACAUAUGUAUAUAUUAAAGAAAAUUAUUCGCUUUAGCCGUAAGUUUGAUGGAAAAUAUGUGUAAAAUACUCGUCGGUAUGUCUCGCGUUGAGCUGUCUCGCCACAAAACUAUAGUUCUUGGAAAAAUUUAUCUUUAAACUGUUAUUUAUUAAACCGAGAGAAGAGAACGGAGCCGCCGCGGAGUCGGUCUUGUGAUGAAAUCCAUCUAGUGUUUGCGAAAACGGACUGUUUUAUUUCAAUUCUACUAUUAAAAACUUCGUCUGGCCGAGGAGCACCCUCGCAAAGAUCGCCCGACUCGUCGAGCCGAACGGUGGCCCGCAGACGCCGGAUGGAUCUCGUCUCGAAACCUUAAGAUUGUAAUAUAGUGUAUUUAGAAUUAUUAUGAGAUUAGAUGUUAUAACAGAAUGAAUAUAUUAAAUCAAUUUAAAAUAG